ACAAAUCAUUUAAUAUGUGAUCAUUCAUUCAACAAGUAUUCAAGUGUUUUGUGACAGGCAUUAUUGUAUAAUUGAGAAUGUUAAUAAGACAAAGAUACUUUAGUUUACAUUUCAGAAAACAAGACCUAGCAACAAUGAUAGUAUCUUUCCUCUUAGCUACAUAGGAAACGUGAAGCUGAGAUUCAGACUUGUGACGCCUGUAGGAGUGAAGGCCAGUGUACUUUAGCGAGGUCUGGGGCCAUUUCCUGAAAAACUGGGCAAGCAUCGGGUCACUCGUCGGCUGGUCGGGCUGUCCACGCGGCAGUCCAUCUAACUGGGCUUUGUGUCCUCCAUCUGCUUUUUGGCCCUGUUGUGGGAAAACAAACGCCCUCAACGUAUCACGUAAAAACGAAAACCUUGCUGUCUCUACCGCUAAUCCGGAUCUGCCCACAGGACGGGCAGAGCCCCAACCUGUUUCUGUGAAGCCAGAUCGACGACCCCCCAGGAGAGGCCUUAGAGUCAGGCAGGUUAACAAGGAAACGCAGAGCAUCAGGAAGCCAGCAUGGACUUCCCAUUUAAGCUACGAUUUAGAGGUCGCCUUAAUUUUCCAAAAGGCUGUCUUUGCUUUCAGCAGUUGAGUGGUAAAGCCCGCUUGGUAAAUUCUGCGUGCAGAAUCAGGCUUCGCGGGGCCGUCCUCCAAGGUGACCCAAGCAGACCCCAGACGCGACAGCACAAGCCGCUCGCUGAACGCGAAGGCGACCCUCGCCGCCCACCGCCUUUCCCAACGCCCCAUCUCGUCCCACAGGAACCCACCCGGCGACCGCGCCCCGCCCACUUCCGGAUUGUCGCAGCCGCCGCUGUCGCGUGCGUGAUGACGUCUGCUGUCCCCCGCAGACCCCGGAAGUGCAGCUUGAACUUGGCCGGGGCGCGGAUCCCGAGAGGGAAAGUCCUGACAACCGCACUAGGGAGUUCCACAGGCGCGCUGGAAGGCCACGCCUCCUCCCGCCUGCCCCCGCAGCCCUGCAGCUGGGGGCAGAGCUCAGACUUAUUAUCUAGGAUAGAUUUGGAUGAACUAAUGAAAAAGGAUGAGCCACCUCUUGAUUUUCCUGAUACCCUGGAAGGAUUUGAAUAUGCUUUUAAUGAAAAGGGGCAGUUAAGACACAUAAAAACUGGGGAACCGUUUGUUUUUAACUACCGGGAAGACUUGCACAGAUGGAACCAGAAAAGAUACGAGGCUCUUGGAGAGAUCAUCACGAAGUAUGUAUAUGAGCUCCUGGAAAAGGACUGUAAUUUGAAAAAAAUCACUAUUCCAGUAGAUGCUGUUGAAAGUGAACCAAAGAGUUUUAUCUUCAUGAGUGAGGACGCUUUAACAAACCCCCAGAAGCUGAUGGUCCUGAUUCACGGCAGUGGUGUGGUGAGGGCAGGCCAGUGGGCGAGGAGGCUCAUUAUAAAUGAAGAUCUGGACAGCGGCACGCAGAUUCCUUUUAUUAAGAGAGCUGUGCAAGAAGGAUAUGGAGUAAUAGUGCUGAAUCCCAAUGAAAACUAUAUUGAGGUAGAAAAGCCAAAGAUACAUGUGCAGUCAACUUCUGAUAGUGCAGAUGAACCAGCAGAAAAGAGAGAAAGAAAAGAUAAAGUCUCUAAAGAAACAAAGAAGCGACGUGAUUUCUAUGAGAAGUACCGUAACCCUCAACGAGAAAAAGAAAUGAUGCAUUUGUAUAUCAGAGAAAAUGGCUCUCCUGAAGAGCAUGCAGUCUAUGUUUGGGACCACUUCAUAGCCCAGUCUGCAGCUGAGAAUGUAUUUUUUGUUGCUCACAGCUAUGGAGGACUUGCUUUUGUUGAACUGAUGAUUCAACGGGAAGCAGAUGUCAAAAGUAAGGUAACCGCUGUAGCAUUAACAGACUCUGUUCACAAUGUGUGGCAUCAAGAAGCCGGCAAAACGAUUCGGGAAUGGAUGAGAGAGAACUGUUGUAAUUGGGUCUCUAGCUCAGAACCAUUAGACACGUCAGUGGAAUCCAUGCUGCCUGACUGUCCCAGAGUCUCAGCAGGCACCGACCGUCACGAGCUGACCUCUUGGAAGAGCUUCCCGUCCAUUUUCAAAUUCUUUACCGAAGCGGCGGAGGCCAAGAGCAGCGCGGCGAAGCCGGCAGCCACGCGCCGCUCGCAGCGGACGCAGCCCGAGGAGCUGUGAACCGCCGGACCGGCGUGGCCUCAUUAGCUUGCUUUCCUCCCCGAGCGCGGGUCGCGAGUAUUCGUCCCGGUAGCGUUUUGCAUCAUUUCUAGAUGAGUGCAGCUGUCAAAGCAAUGAGGCUGCGGCGGCCGCGCUCCCCAGCCGCGCGCGAUGAAGCCGACUGCGGGCCGAGCCCGGUCCUUCCGCCCGCGCCCGGCUGCGCGGCCGAGCGGCGAGCUAGGGCUUCCCAGACUCCCUGAAGGUAUCCUAGCACUCGCGCCCCGUCUAACGUACUCUCAAUCUCCGUCUCUCCACCCCCACCCCCAGUUUGUCCGUCUGUCCGGCUGUCUCUGCCUCUCUCUUUUCCUCCCCUCCCCCCCCAGGAAAUGCCAAAUUUAAAUUCACAACAUGAAUGCCACGAUGCACUGUGGAGUACUUUUAGGAGUGCAAAUUGUUCUCUCCCUAAAGAUCUAUUUUUAUUUCCAGACCAGAAGAAAAACUUUGCAUAAAAGUUUUAUAAGAUACCGAAUCUACAUGACUGCUGAAAAGCUUCGCCAAUUGAAUAUGAGGCUGUUCGCAAGUCUCGCAUUUCAGAAGACAUUGUCUAAAUCCAGACAUAACGAGCAGAUCUUUUAAGGAUAGAUGUGAAAGGUCCCAUUUUCAACGAAAUUUCCAAUUUUAUCAUCAGAAUUGACUUUGCUUUUUAAAUAUGCACAGUGUUGAGUGGCGCUGUAAUUUGGAUAGCACACUUUAGUUUUACUUUUGGCGUAUUACUAUGGAGAAGAGUUAGGGUGGGUGUGGUGGUGGCUGUUGUUAAUCCUUACUAGAAAAAUCUACUUUGAAUCCUUUUAGGGAUAGAAUUUUUUUUUUAUUGUUAUCGGGAAAAUGAAACUAUGUAUUCCGCAGCCUUUUUCUUCUGAAAGGCUAAGCAGGGCUAUAAUGGUUCUUUCAGUUUUAUUCUCCAAGGGGAAGAGAGAGGCUUGGUAGGAUAGAUUUUCACAUCCAAGUCCAAUAGUGUAAUUUUUAGUACUCCACUUCCUCUGUAAGGUUUUUUGCCCUACAGCAUCAACCGUUGAGUAUUUUAAUCCAGCUCAGAUCUGGCCAACACUGUGAAAUACAAGAGAUAAAAUAAGUCAAGUUUUUGCUGACUUUCAAAAUUUAAAUAAUAAAUUUGACAUCAGUUUUUAAUUACUUGAAUUUAAUUAUCUUGUGAAGAUUGUUUCUAAUAAAAUUCCAAAUUCAAUAUUUUUCAUCUUUUUUUAAAGUGUAUGCAACAAUUGAUAUACCUGCCUUAUCUGAGGACAUGAUAAAAUGUACCCAAAAUGACAGGAUUCUCAGAAAAAUAACUUGGAAUCAACCGCCUCACAAGUAAAUGUUUUUAUAUGAUUAACCAAUUUCACUGUUUUAAAACAUAAUAUCUUAUGCAUUCAUUCAUUAGUUUUAUAAUUUGAAUAAUGGCAGAGGAAAGUGGUUUUUCGCAGUGGUCAUGUCUGUGUAUCUUUUGAUGUUACUUAGGCAGAAACAACAGAAAAGGAAAAGUCAAAACGGCGUUUUAUCCAGCUUCUGGGUGGUUGAAGAUGUGGAAGGCCAACAAUGUCAGGCACACCUGUCUGUGAUAUUGACCCUUUUUAUCUGAUCUUUCUUAUUUUAAAAGUACAAGUAGGCUGUAAAGUGAUCAUAUCUUCCAGUGAGAGGAUAUGAGAAUUGAUGUGGAUUGAGUAUAUUUUUCCAAGUGUUAUAAAUUGUAUGGUGUUUUCAAUAUCUGAAAGUGUUCACAUAAAAUUAAUUUUGUAGUGUUUACAAGAAAAAAAAAAACACUUGUGCAGUGCUAAAUUUGUGAAGCUUCUGCAGCUGAAGAAAGUAAAUAUGCUCAGCCUAUAAACCAAAUGACUCCUAUUUCUCUCUCCAAUUUUCUCACCUCUUUUUAAAAUCCAUUACUUGUAACUAGAUAAAACUAGAUAAAAAAUCACUGUUUAAUUACCUUUAAUACUUUAAAACUACUGGAUUGUAAGGCCUUGUUUAACUAUGUAUAGAGAGCUAUUUGCAAACUUAAGUUGUGUAAAUGUAAUUUCUACUUGUAGAUCUAAGCUGUGGCAACCCAGAGGGAGCUAGGGAAACUAUUCCAGACCACCAGCUGUUAAUGGAUCAGGUUCCUAGGAAAGGAGGAUUUAUUUUAUUUUUAUUUUUUUGACUUGUUGAUUGUGGGCUGGUGGUAUAAGUGUGGUAAGACUGUUCACUUGUAUCUUUCUACAGCAGUGGCGAACAGCAGAUCCUCCCUUCCUGCUCAGGGGCAGCCAGCGGUAGCAUUCCCCUUCUGGUCUCCUCCUGUGCUGGUUUCCUUGGAAAGGUCCUUAUGUGUUUAGAGGCUUAAAGUUUGGGUAUGAGUGUUUUAUUUCAAUUAUAUACUUAGGUUUUAGAGCAAGUGGAAUGAGAAGGGAGUGGUUGACAAAUAAAAGUUCAAAAUAGUUUGGUUGAAAUUUAAAAACCAAAUAAGCUUUGGUGCUUGCUAAAGGUACCUAAUCAAGCAGUUCUUCAAGGUUUUCAUGGAUAUUUAAGAGGUGGACCAUCUGCUUGUAAUAAUUACUCUUUCUCUGAUUCCUGCCUUGUGAUUCAAUUGAGAUUACAUUCUUGUUUAUAUAUCAAAAAGCAGAAUUAAAGCACAGGGGUUUCCUAUAUAUCUUAUAUAUCUGUUUAUCAUUUUAAAAUAAAAAGUUUUCCCAAUAAGCAACUGUGUAUUAUUCUUGUUCAGAAAUUCUUUUAUUCACAAAGUGCAUACAAUUCUUAAAGGCUGGACUAUAAAAGGAAUUAUGGGACAGUAUUCAUCAACCUUUAAGCUUUAUUAGUGCUGUGAUUAUUGCUAUGAGGUAAUAUCCAAAUGUCUCCUUUAUCAUAAUUUGGCUCUUAUUUUUCACAAAGCUACCAUUUUAAGUAAGUUGUUUUUAAUUCCUAAACAUGUCCUUAGCAAGGAAAUUUCAACAGCACAUCAUCAGUAGGUAAAUGUGUUUGCCAAAGCAAGUCUAGUGAGAUUAUAUUGCUCUCAAACUCUUAUAGGUAGGUCCUUGAUGUACUGUAUUCAAUCUGAAGUUAACUUGCAUUUAUUUUACAGCUAUUCCUUUCUUUAAUAUAUGUAAUUCCUUUGAGAAAGUGUGGGUGACUAGAUACAUUAACUGUAUGAUCAGUCCUAAUAGUUUAUUUUUUCAUGUUUCUUUGGAUUAUCUGGAGCUCUAAUCCAGACGUGUGUGAUGUCUCUUGUUAAUUCAUAGUUUUAUAUUGUAACCUGAUGGGUUUCUCUUAGUGGUUUAGGAAGGAUUACUAUUACAGCAAGUAUAAAAAUUUCUCAAAAACUUUCCCCAUGAUUCUGUGGGAAAAAAAUCUUUAAAUAGAUGUGAGGCAUUCUCAUCUUUGAAAUAUGGGUGGCAAAGAGGGGAUAAUGGAGAUGGUGAUUUUAUGAUUACUUAUUAGGGACUGUAAUAAUAUAAAAUAAAAGACACCAGGAGGUACUUCCUUUCAAAAAUUGAAUACUUUCCUUCCUUCCUUGUAUGGAAUGACUGAGUGGGAGUCUCUUGAAUUGUUCGUCUUCCUUUUAUCUAAUAUUCUAUUAAUCUCCAAAAAGAUCAGUUUGAGUCUGAGAAAGGGUUUUUAAUCAACACUUCACAGAGCUUAGAGCUACCCUACCUAAAGCAUCAGCUUUGUUAGGCGGUUUGAGAUUUAAAGCAUUGCAACUGUCAUGCACUGUACUAAAGUAAAGAAUGUACACCAAGUGGAAGAUGUUGAAAAGAGGGAAAUAGCACAAAGUCGAUUAACAGAGUUUCAAGAAUAGAAGCAGUCAUCAAAGCAUUCCAGCAUUUAUCUCAAAAUCUAUGUAGGGUUAAAAAAAAAAAAAAGCAACAAUGAUAGUUUUAAACCUAACACUUAAGAGGGAUGAAUGUUGAUUUAAUUGAUUCAUUUGGAUCGAUGUUUUUAAAGUUUCACACCACUGAUCUUUCAUGUAGUGAUGUCUUUAGCAGUCAGUGGUCUGACAUGCGCCUUCUCAGAUUUCAUCAGUGGGACUCUCCAUGACAUCUGAAAUUAUGCAACAGCCUGUGCGCUGGUAAAUUUGGAGUUGGGAGGCCUUGAUGCCUAACUGCAUGAUUAGAUUGAAGAACACUUAUUAAUUCUUAGUACAAGGAUUUUAUAAAAGUAAUAACUGUAAGUGAACCACAAAAGGUAAAGAAUUGCUAAAUAGAAGAAAGACAACCUGAAAGUUUAACGCUUAAGGAGACAUCACAGAGUGACCAAGUGUUUUUGCCUUGAAUGUAAAAGCUUCAAAAUGGAAUUUGGACUCAAUGCAUGAGACCUUCCAGGCAACUUUUCCCAGUCUCUUCCCUUGAGCUUGUGGGAAAGCUUUCAUUAUAUUCUUUGGAUUAUUGAAAUUGAGUUCUGUUUAAAACACAUGAAAUGUUUCUAGAAAGAAAUCUAGAGAGGUCCUAUAUCUUACCAGACUAUUCAGCUUUUCUUCCUUAGUGAUUACAUGGGGUAGUAUGAGAAAUCAUCAUAGAUAAAAUAAUGUUGAACUGUACUUUGUGACCAGCCUGCAGUACCAAUACAAAGGAUCUGAACUGAAAAGACAACCAACACCCCAAGAAUGAUAUGUCUCUUUUUAAAGUUUACAAUUUGAAUAAUGAACUUGGAUAGAAACUUGGCAGGAAAAUAAACCAUGGCACCAUCACACCACCAACCAUUUUCACUUUUCUGUCCAAUUUCAGAGUGCAUGUGUUUGUGAGUAUUUCACUAGAUCAGUGACAGCUCUUUAUUUGCAUAAUUAUAUGCUCUGGUCUGAAGAGAAAACUAACCCCCAAAUUUCAUGGGUCACCAAACUGCAACAAUCAAUGUUUUAUCACGUAUGCUAAGCAAAAUCUAAGAAGCUAUAUGAAGUUUCUUGAGGAGUUUUUACUCCUCAGAAAAUUAAAGAGUUUUCCUCUCCUGAAUAGAUUCAAAAUCUUUCCAAGUUCUUUGUAACUGAAUUCUGUUUGAAGGCAAAACUAGAGAUUAACAUGUAGAUCUGGACUGUGGACUCACUAGCCUUAUUUCAAAGUGGCUUAAGAGCAGCAUUUUUGGUGCACUAAACUUUUAAAUUUCCAAAUACUGUCCUUCAUGCUAUGAGGAAAAUUUAUUUGUCAAAUUAUGAUUAGCCAAAUGAAAUCUAUAUUAAUCACCAUUGAAUGUAGAGUUCAUUUCCUCCUUCAAAGUAACUCAGGGUUUUUUAAAAAGAUGUAAUAUUAAACUGUGCAUAUAAGCACAUGUGUGUAUGUACUUCACACACAUGCAUAUCUAUCUGUGGUAUAUAUGUAUCCUUUCCUGCCCAUUUCACUUGAAACACACAGAUGACAUGAAAAUUAUGUACAUGCUUAUUUGAUGUCUGUGACACGGGUGCUCAUAUGUUGGUCGCUAUGGAUGUUUUUAAAACUUUUCUGCUAAUUAAAUUUUCAAGUUCAAACUCUGUAAGACAGUGUCGUAAAUAGUUUUAAAUGCCUCAAGUCAUUUGCAUCUGUAAAUUCUCUACUUGUGUGUAAUGUGUAUUUAUGUGUGAGAUUGACUUUAUU